AUGAACAUCAAAGAGGAAUGCGAGGCGUUGAUUGAAAUAAUGCAUGUUGACGUUAAUGUAAAUACAGCACCAAUUAAUGAUCCCAAUAUAUUACGCGAAAGACUGGGAACAAUCAAAGAUCCAAAUCGCCUCAAUGGAAAGCACAUUUACAGAAUUAACUUUCGCGAGGUAGCGCAUCGGGUUAGCGAACAAAACGAUAACAUCAUAAACCGUGCUUCUACUCUGUCAUAUCGUCGAUCAGGCCGAGCAGUAAAAGCAAGGUUUAAAGAUAUAGCAAGAAGAACAAAAAAUAUCUUAAGAGCUACGAUAUAA